CGCGCGGCGCAGUCGCCGUCGCGGGGUUUUCCCGUCGGAGCACACCUGGCGCCGGGGGCCCGGGGCCCAGCCACUGGGAGCCAUUGGCUCAGGCGUCCGGGCACUCACACCCUCUCCCGCCCCGGUUGGGGCCGGCGGCGGAGGCGGCGCGGAGGCGGCGUCGGGGGCGGAGCCGUGCGCACGGCCCUUUGUCUGUGGAGUCCGAAUGCUGUACUUAUUCAGGAGGGGAACAUGGAACAGAAGGAAAUGAAUGAUAGGCCACAGACAGUCAGGUCCAGGGAGUCCCUGACAUUCCAGGACGUGGCUGUGGACUUCACCAGAGAGGAGUGGGACCAGCUGUACCCUGCGCAGAAGAACCUCUACCGAGAUGUGAUGCUAGAAAACUACAGGAAUUUGGUCGCUCUGGGUCAUCAACUCUAUAAGCCAGAGGUGAUCACUCAGUUGGAGCAAGAAGAGCAGUGUCUGAUGGAAAGAGGCAGCCCACUGGACACUCGUCCAGAUGCAGAAAAUAGACCUGAAGUAAAAAAAUCAACUCCAAACCAGAAUAUUUCUGAUGAAACUCAAACCUAUAACAUGAUAAUGGAGAAACUAACAGGAGAUAGUUUCUGGUACUCCAUUCUAGGAGGACUCUGGGAUUUUGAUUACCAGUUAGAGUUUAAUCAAGAAAAUCAGCAGAGACAUUUAGGACAAGAAUCUUUUGCCCCAAAAAAGGUCCCACGGGAGAGAAGCCUUGAAUGUAACAAAUUUGGUGAAAACUAUAAAAUGAACUCAAAUCUUAUUAUGCAUCAGAGAAUUUCUUCAAUUAAGAUACCCCUUAAUUCAAACACACAAGGAAAUAGCAUCAAACAUAAUUCAGAAUUGAUUUACUAUCAGGGAAACCAUGUGAGAGAAAAUACUUAUGAAUAUAACAGGUGUGGGAAAAUCUUCAAUCAACAUAUUCUUCUUACUAAUCAUAUUCAUACUGAAGAGAAACCCAGUGAAUGUAGGAAGGCCUCCAGCCACAACUCAACUUUUACUCAACCUCAGAUAGUCCUUACAGGAGAGAAGCCCUAUAAGUGUGAUGAAUGUGGGAAAAGGUUCAGCCAGAGGAUACAUCUUAUUCAACAUCAGCGGAUUCAUACAGGAGAAAAACCUUUUAUAUGCAAUGACUGUGGGAAAGCCUUUCGUCAACAUUCAUCCUUUACUCAACAUCUGAGGAUUCAUACUGGAGAGAGGCCCUACAAAUGUAAUCAAUGUGGUAAAGCCUUUAGCCGUAUCACAUCCCUUACUGAACAUCACAGACUUCAUACUGGAGAGAAGCCUUAUGAAUGUAAUUUUUGUGGGAAAGCCUUUAGCCAGAAGACACAUCUUAAUCAGCAUGAGAGGAUUCAUACAGGAGAGAAGCCCUAUAAAUGUAAUGAAUGUGAGAAAGCCUUUAGCCAGAGUGCACACCUUAAUCAACAUAGGAAAAUCCAUACUCGGGAGAAAUUAUGUGAAUAUAAUAAAUGUGAGAAAGUUUUAAGCCAUGGUCCUUCACUUACUCAGCAGCAAAUAACUCAUGGGGGGGGAAAUCAUAUGAAUAUAUAA